GUUUUCCAUUGGUGUGCUGUCAUAUUUUCAGCUCAUCGACUUCACUGACAAGUCUACCGUCUUCCGCUCAUGGCUUUUGAACGAUGCAGGUGAGGCUUUGCUGUACUUCGACCAUGUCCACCUGCAGGAGGUCCGCGAUGAGCAUAUUCAGAAAACUUUGCAAGCUUCGGGGCGCCAAGGUAUGGAGCAGCAUCUGCUCUACGACGUCACCUGGCGACCCGCUGAACCUCAGGCUGCCGCGACAUCGCGGUGGCUGCUCCUCGGCAGCCGCUCCGCCCUUCAGCGGCUGAAGGCCAAGGAAGAUCCGCGGUGCCGCUGUGCAGAGCUGGAUAUGGAGGGCCAGGACCUGCCUGCACUACUCUCCGAAGAAGCUUGGACUGCCGUGAUACUCGCCGACGGCUUGAUGGCCACUGGUGCCAGCACCAGCGCUUGGGCUGUGUCUCCUGCAGACUCAGCUGCUCCAGGUGGCGAGCACAGCGACGUCAGUGUUCUGGAGCGUGCGAUGGUCCUUACCAAGGCAGCUGCAAAGUUGGGCAGCAAGGCUCCCUUGGUGGUCUUGCCGACCUACGGAGCCCAGCCAGUGGCAACAGAGCAGAAGAAGCAGCGAGGUGCUCCGGACCACAGUGGUUUGUGGGGUUUCGCACGUGCCGUGCGAAUGGAAUAUCCAGGCGCCCUCCGGAUCCAGUGCGUUGACCUGGACGCAUGCAAAGACUCGGAUGCCUGGGCCCAGCUGUGCACAGUGUUGCCGGGCUUGCCAGAAGAGGAGGAGAUGGCGAUCCGAGACGGAGAGAUCAGGACUGCAAAGCUUGCGCGAUCUGCGUUGAAGUACACCGGAGCCGUACGGCUGAACAUGCCAGCACGCGGAUCCAUCGCUGGUAUGCGCGUGGUUCCACAAGCCACAUCCGCACGAGCAGCAGCCGCACCAGGGAUGGCACAGCUGCGCAUCCGUGCGGUUGGUCUGAAUUUCCGCGAUGUCUUGAACGUCAUGGGCCUUUACCCCGGAGAUCCGGGUCCACCUGGCGCCGACUGCGGUGGCACAGUCAUCAGCCUUGGGGACAAAAUCCCACACUUGCGGCUGGCGGAGGAUGUUUUUGGCGAGUCGCCCGGGUGCCUCAGCACUUACAACACAAGCUCCGCAGCCCUGCUCUCUCCCAAGCCACCCUCCUGGACUUACGAGGAGGCCUGCUGUAUGCCGGUGAUCUUCGUAACAGUGGAGGAGGCAUUGGGCGACGUUGCGAAGCUGAAGCGGGGCGAGCGAGUCCUCAUCCACGCUGCGGCCGGGGGCGUGGGUCUGGUGGCCAUCCAGUAUGCGGCCUUCGUCGGCGCAGAAGUCUAUGCCACUGCUGGCGCAUCAGAAAAACACGAAUUCUUGAGAGGGCUUGGUGUGAAGUACAUCACCAGCAGCAGAAAUGGACAGAAAUUUGAGGAUGACAUGAAGAAGCUCCUUGAGGAGCAGCGAGUGGACGGAAUCGACGUGGUGCUCAACAGUCUCAGCCACGAUGACUACAUUCCGCGAUCGUUGGCCUUGCUUCGCAAGGGUGGCCGAUUCCUUGAGAUCGGCAAGCGUGGCAUCUGGUCGCACGAGCAGAUGUUCGAAGCCCGCCCAGAUGUCAUGUAUGAGAAGAUUGCGGCAGACACCAUGAUGGAAAAGGAGCCAUGGCGGUACAAUGCGUACCUGAAGAGGCUGUUGCACCGCGUGGACGACGGAGGGCUAAGUCCCAUCAACAUGCACACCUUUGAUGGCAUGGAGAAGGGUGUCGCGGCAUUGCAGUUCCUCCAGAGAGCCAGCAACAUCGGAAAAGUCGUCAUCACUUCGCCGAGCCGCUUGCUUUGCAGUCCGAAGCAAAUGCCAGUCCUUUCUGGUGGGCUUGGUGCACUGGGGGUGGUCACAGCACAGUUCCUGGUGGAGGAAGGUUGCAAAGCUUUGUGCCUGCUGUCGCGCAAUGGCCAGCCAGCGAAGGAUGUUGGGCCUCAGUGGUCUUGGCUCCAGAAGUGUGCCGUGGACCUCCGCGUCCAGAAAUGUGAUGUUG